GGCUCCUGUAAUAGAGAAAAGAUCUAUAUGAAAAGAAGAGGUGUAACUGAAAAUUUUGUUCAGGGGAUACUGAUUCUCAUGCUCAUGGUUAUGUGAAUGUUCUUUCUCCAGCUUCUCUUGUGGUUCCUAAGGAUACAAAUCACCAAAAUUCUUGCAAUAACUUUUUGGACCCCCCUCUCACCCUUUUUUCUCUUUCUUGAUAACGCGUCAACUCAUUUGCACCUUGACUAUUUCACCGAAAUAGCCGAUAUUCUCUACUAGGUACCGAGUAAAUAUGUCCACAAAUCUUUGAUCUCCCUAGAUUUUUACAAACUUUAUUAUUGACUAUCAUGCCAUACCCUAGGUGCAUUCUCACUCCUUAUAUAAGUAGCCCUUUGCAAUCUCUGUUUUCACAACAUACCAACUCUGCUUAACUAUCUUUUUCUUGUAAGCUCUUCCCUUCAAGCCAUUGACAUCCAUUUUCACAACUUAUUGAAGUUAACAAAAAAUACCUCAUCAUGAGCUCAAUGUCGUCUCAACAGGGUUCUUCAGGGUCGUGGACAGCAAAACAGAACAAGGCUUUUGAGAAGGCAUUGGCAGUGUAUGACAAGGAAACUCGUGAUCGUUGGUCUAAUAUUGCGAAAGCAGUUGGAGGCAAAACUGCUGAAGAAGUGAAACGACACUAUGAAAAACUUCUGGAGGAUGUUUUUUAUAUUGAGAGUGGUAGGGUGCCCUUCCCCAAAUACAAGAAUACUGGAGGAAGCCAUUCCACUUCUGACUAACACUAUGAUUAAAGGAUGCAAAAUCUAACACUUCAUUGAAGCAAUGACGUCAAUAAGCAGACAGAAAAAAUAUUCAGCAAUGAGUUUAUAUCUGGCUGCAAGAAAGUGCAAAAUCCUUUGCCUUGGACCCUACUUUCUUAAUUUUUAAUUCAAGUUGUAUAUUUAAUUUCUUCAUCCAGUUAAUUUUAAACGCUACUAUUGUGAGUCUUAUAAUUACCUACUAAAGGAAUCAUUUCAAUUC